UCCCUUUUCUACUCUGUGAAUAUGUAACCUCAUACAUUUUAUUAUUGUGUGUUUCAGAAUCUUUUAAUGCUGAAUACGAGUAUAAAACGAGUAAAGAUAAUUUUCUUGGGAAAGGUGCCUAUGGCAGGGUCUAUAGAGGAACCCGUAAAGCUGAUGGCAAAUUGGUCGCCAUCAAGCGUGUGAGGCUACGUGAGGAAGAAAGAUGUAUUUGUUAUGCUUUAAGCCUUGAUAUUCCAGACCACUUGUUACAGAGGUGGCCUUAAUGUUGAAGUUAAAAGAAGCUCCUGAAUGCCCCUAUGUUAUAAGAAUGAUUGACUGGUAUGAGGAACACAAUUACCUCAUGUUUGUUACUGUGUACCUAGACGAAUGGAUGCCCUUGCGUAAUUAUAUCUCUACACCUGGAAAACUGCCGUAAGAUAAAGCACGCAGGCUUAUGCUUCAGUUAGUGAAAGCAGUUGAACAUUGCAUAAAGCACGGGGUGUUUCACAAUGACAUCCAUUUUGGAAACAUCUUGGUGGACAGUGAAGGUGUACAACUGAAGUUAAUCGACUUUGGGAUUGGCCGUCUAAUCAAUGACGCUGCAUACAAAUCCAAAGGACAUAAAGGUGAGCUGGAGAUUUUAGAUAACUUAGUGGAACAUGGAAACUUGCUUUUAGUGACAUCAUGAUCAUGUGACCCUGUUCCUUAAUUACUCAACACAAUGUUUUGCUUACAGGAGCACCUGAGAAAUAUUCUAAGUUCAUACACAGGGUCAUGCCAAAAAACGUCUUGGACUUAGGUUCUGUGCUAUAUAAGAUGCUGCACGGAAAAAAGCCCCUUCUUUAGACCCCAAUUAUGGACCCCACUUUAACCAAGAUGAUUCUGGAACUGGCCAGUCCUGCAACAAAAGCCAGCAUCAGUCUGGACCACACCAAACCAAAAGCGCUAAAGCGCCCCUUUGACUGCAUCCGGAGGGGCAAAGUGAAGACAGUGCCGGAUCCACAGCCUCCAGUCAGUUCGAGCAAUCCUUCUUCAAAGGAUUCCUCAGAUCUGGCCAGUCAGUCGAAGGUGGUUAAAGGUGGUCCAGAAGAACCAACAUCACUAUUUGAAGAUUACCUCCGGAGAAAAAAAGAUGUGGAGCACCAUGUGAUGCUUCCACACAGCGCAGAUCAGGCACAUCCUGAUGCCACGGAUAAAGCCAGUCUGCCUAUUUCCAAGACUCGUGUGAGUCUUGAAGGAACCGACGCGCAUGUCGGGCAAUCUAAAUACCCGAUGCCGGAUGUGGCCAAAAAUUCAGCGGCUAAAGUGUCCAAAAUUCCUGGGCCUGAAAGUGCUGGUCAGCAGAGACAGAAAAAAACGGGUAAAUCAAGCCCCAAAUGUCUUCUGCCAAAAGGUCCUGGUAAGAAAACAAAAUUGACUGUACUCUCUAAAGCAAUGUUUUUGUUUUCCAUUUCAUUGUUUAUUAUUUCUCUUGUUGUACCUCUGCCUGUAGUUAUCGUAUUAAGUCUUUCAGCGUGUGUUUGAUCCCUUUUCUACUCUGUGAAUAUGUAACCUCAUACAUUUUAUUAUUGUGUGUGUGUUUCAGAAUCUUUUAAUGCUGAUUAUUAGCUUGAUGAUCAGGACGGCAUCAAUAGCAAUGUUGUCACAGGAAUCCGGACAGC